AUGCGCCACAGAGCAAGACCGGAAAGACGGCAGGGGAAGGCCGAGGAGAACGCGACGACCUGUGAUAAUGGGCGCAACCCAUUUCAUCGUUCCAUCCUUGAGGUCCGGCUACCAAAGCACUUUGAUAAGCCGACGGACAUGAGGUACGACGGAACCCGAGACCCGCAGGAGCACUUUACGGCCUUCGAGGCCAGGAUGAGCCUGGAGGGAGUGGGAGACGAAGUGAGGGUGACUCAGAAGUCUGGCGAGCCGACCAGAAAAUAUCUAGACCGGUUCAACGACGAGUGCUUAGAGAUCGACGAGAUGACGGAUGCGGUAGCUAGCCUGUGCUUGACGAGUGGACUUCUAAACGAGGACUUCAGGAAGCAUCUCACCAUGAAGUUGGUGUGGACGAUGCAGGAGAUCCAAAGCGUAGCCAGGGAAUAUAUCAACGAUGAAGAGCACGGUGGCGGAGAAAGGCAGAAGGAGCACGCCAGAGACGGCGGUCCGAGCAAGACAUCCAGGCCAUUUCCUCGAGUCGGGAAGUUCACCAAUUACACCCCACUCACCGCCCCCAUCAUAGAAGUUUAUCAGCAGAUAGCCGAGAAGAGAAUUUUGUCGAAGCCCCGACCCCUAAAGGACCGAACCGGGAGGAACAAGAGCCUCUAUUGUGAUCAUCACAAGGGCUAUGGACACAAGACGCCGGAUUGCUUCGACCUGAAAGACGCGCUGGAACAAGCGAUCCGGGAUGAAAAACUAGCCGAAUUCUCCCACCUCAUCAGGAAACUGAGGAGACGAGAUCGCGACCGCGAGGGAGAAGAUAAGACCCAUGCAGCGAAGCGACAUGAUGAGCCAGAGGACAACGAACACGGCUUUACAAUAGUAAACGUGGUAACAGCAAGGAAUGCGGCUCCAAGGUCGAAGUUGGCACACAAGAAAGACGCAAAAGUCCUGGCGAUCUCAUCAUCUUCCGCGCGAGGCUCCAAGAGGCUUCCUCCCAUCUCGUUCGGUACGGAGGACCAAUGGUUCGAUGAGGUCGUGAAAAACCCGCCCAUGGUUAUCACGGCCAGGGUGGGAACCGGCCUCAUCAAGCGAAUCCUCGUAGAUACCGGGCUGACUCGAAUAUCAUGUUCCGCAACGUGUUCGAUGCCUUGGGUCUACGAGAUGCCGAUCUGA